AUGGAGACGCAGGACAGUAUCGACAUCGCGAAACUUCAACGCGACGCGUUGGGACUAGAGCACGAACCAUCGCAGCCAUUUUCUUCUGGCCUGGCGGGAAUGGACAGAACUUCACCAAAUAACUCCUCUCAUCUCGUCCAUUCUGACAUUCCUUCUCAUGGUGACGCACCGCCGACCGACCCCGAGUUGUCUGCAUCUCGCUCAUCGAACACACCCAAAUCGCCUCUGAAACACCAAUUCAGCCUCCCUGCCACGAUAAAACAUGCGAAAGCCUCAAUGAGUCCCCACACCAGCGCAGCUACAUCACAAAACACACAGCCUGUCGGCGGACCCCAGCUCGAAAAAAAUGGACUCUGUAGAGGGAGACCCCGGGGAUACCCAAGUUGUCUCACAAUCCGUAAUGGGGAAUCGGUAUACGGAGAUUUUCUACAGAACGGUGCCGAUAAUGCAACACUCAUGACCCUGCACGAGGGUGAUAGUGGCCAUCUCGAUAUCCUCGCCGAAUUUAAUACUUUACGCCACGAAAGAAACCAGUCUCCAACGAAUGAUGAUGAAAGCGUUUACGGCCAAAGUCCCUCCUCCCCGAUCGCUGACCACAGCCUUCAACCUGAAUUCUUCCCCGAAUCACAACGAUUCUUGACGACGACCCCAGCAACCGGAAUAAAGAACAAGAACCAAACGCCUGGCACAUCACAAACCCCGAGCGCCUCGAGAAACCCGUUAUUGGCUGAUCUUGGAUCGAGUGGCGGUCUUUUGAUGGGCCUCAGUCAAGCUUUCAAGAACACCCAAGCUCCCUCCUCCCCCCUGGUCCACGGCCUUCAAUCCGAAUUAGCAUCAGAUCGACCUUCACCCAAUGUUCCCAUACAGCAACGUAUACAUAACCCAAUCUCCUCGCCACUAGUGAACUUCCGCGGAAACUUUGCACGAGAAUCUUCCGAACCGAACCUCAACUACAUAUCCUUGAAGGAAUCACAACACAACCGCGACAAAUCGCUGGGGAGAGGGGAUCACAUCGAUCAGGAUUUCUACAAAGAACCUUCAUUUGUGGAGGCUUCGAGGCGCAAACGGGAGAUUGACGAGGAGACUGCUGUACAAUUUGCAGCCUUGAAUACGCCUAGUCGACCUCGGAGUGAUGCCGGUGCAUCCUCCCCGGCCACCUCUAUUCACAUCCACGAGGAUGAUGCAAUUGGGAUGCACGGAGCCGGAAGCGAAGAGGAAACGGAACAAGAAGAAGAUGCAGGGCCCCAAGUACCCCAAUCCCAAGAGCCCCCUUCUACUUCCAUGGAGGAGGAUAAAGAAAAUUACAUUGCUCCUCAUGAGCCUGCAGUUGCUACAAGCAAUGCACACGACCGUUUAUCCCAAGCCCUUGGGAUAGAAGGAAGCCAAUCGGCGGCAGAUCAUGCCGAUGAUACUGUGCAUCAAGACUUGAGUGGCGACGUGAAUGAUUCUGAUAAUCAGCUCGUCGCCAGGUCUUCACAAAUUAUGGUUAAAGAUUCUCAGCAAACACCGCAGGGAUCGCCGAGGCAGGAAAAUGCACCAUCUGGUCUUCCGCCAGUGCCGGAGGAUAUGGAAAUUGAUACAGAAAUACACGUGGCCCGGACUUCCCCUGCUGGCCAGGGCCUAGAGUCGCCGUCUCUUGACUCGCGUCCGGGAACGAGGCAUUCUCAGAUCCCGGGCCGCAAUUCUCAACAGCAGAGUCCUCGUUCAUCACAUCACAAUGAAGUGGAAGGCACAGAACAUCAGCAGACCAACGGAGACCAACCCGAAUCCUCCCACGAUCAAUCUCAACCCAUUUCACAUGGAGCACUCCUCCGGCGGACUGAAUCGUAUCCAGGAGAAAAGUCUUCCUCGCUGCCCUCGCAGAUCAAAGAAACACCAACCCACCUGCGGCCAUCAGUCAGCGAUAUCUCUCAAAUGACAAAAGUUCCCAAUACUAGCCCUGAUCGUCAGGAAUCUAAUAGAUGGGAUGGCGAAUGCAAUGAGAACAAUGAGGACGACGAUCUUCCACCCAUGUUUCCAGUGGGAAGCUCCGCCCGUUUCAGCCAACAACGACCAUCUCAAAUACGUGCCCAGUCUUCCCCAAUCAAGUGCAAGCCAUCAAUAUUGUCAAGUCCGAGUGGACGACAGCGCAGAAGAUUGAUGGACAUUGCAUCAGAUACCUCCCCGCAGGUUCACGGCAAAGACAAAGUGGUUGAAAUCGAUAUGAGUUUCUUCACGAACGAUCCGGAUUUCAACGCUCUAAUUCAAGGAUCUCCGACGCGCCCGAGAAAAAGACGCCGCGGAAAUCUAGGUCGCUCCUUCGACACGUCUGAGAUAACACUUCCUGCAACUCCAGCCGCAGAGCUUCCACAAACAAUCACCCCAAUCCAAGAGAUAUCUAGUCCUGUGAAAACUCAAUCAUCGGCGGAGACCCAAAUUCCUGCGGCUACAGCUCGUCGACAGCCCGGUCCAUCUCGACGUGUGGAUGCAAAUGUAUGGGAGAUUGAGAGCUCGCCUCAGCAGAUCAUCCCUCGAAGAUCUAAAUCCAGACGCAUGGAAAUGUUCUCGUCUCGACACCGUCCGCAAUUACAGAAGAACCCACAGCCCCGGUCAGAACCCUCGGCAGAACCCCCUGCACAGGGCUUGUUGCAACCUUCAGAGGCCAAGCGCGUGAAGCAGUCUGAGGGCCAAUCAGAAAGUCAACCCAAGAGCCAGUCUGCGAGCCAGCUCGAAAAUAAGCCACGUCCAAAACCAUAUGUCGUUAUUCGAAAGCCCAUCUCAGCUCCAUCGUCUGAACUAACCGAGCUUGAUAUUGACUCUGAAUAUCUUCUCUCGUCAGACCCUCGUCAGGCGAGCGCACCACUUUCGCCAAAGCCAGCAGCAUAUUCCGUCAAACUCGAGGAUAGUCUUCCGAUCGAAGUGAACAUGAAUGCUGUGAAAAGACUCGAACUUCGGAUUGGAGAUGCAGUCAAAGUUGAAAUGCCGGGUAUUCCAAGGGUCACGCACAUAGUCCGUGGGCUCGAGGAUAAACUCACCAAGGAGGAAUUGACCGAAGCUGCGGGAAGAGGUGAAUAUCCUAUAACUGAUAUAUUUGGCUACUCGACUGUUGUUCUGGGGCCAAAGAAUCGCGAAAGCCUCCCCGCUGGCUAUCUGAACAAAAACACGAAUGUAAUCAGAGUUCCAAUCGCCCGAAUUUAUCUCGACAAAACGCUGUGGCAUCGUCUCAAAGACCGGGACUAUACAUACCAACAUGAAACCGCGCCUCCUCAACAGUCCUUACCCCAAACUCCUGUGAAAUCUUCCUUGCCUGCAUCACCGAGUGCCAGAUUCUCGCGUAACACCCAGGGAGUUGGUCUGUUUUCCAACAUGGCGUUUGCGGCUUCUUACAAAGAUGAUGAGGCCUCAAAGAAUAACAUCCUGCGUCUGAUCCAAGAGAAUGGUGGAUCAAUUUUACGCAGUGGGUUCACUGAACUAUUUGAGUCGUCAUCCGUUCAGCGUACCUCGACAUCCCCUACAAAAGGACACCACAAGGAGGGAAGUACCUUCCUUUCUGGACUUAAUCUUACGGACCCGGCCCAAAAUAUCGGAUUUACCUGUCUGAUCGCAAACACACAUUCGCGUCGUGAAAAAUUCAUGCAAGCUUUGGCGCUCAAUAUUCCUUGUCUUUCUGGGCGCUGGGUCGAGGACUGUGUGACCCAAGGCUGUAUACUUGACUGGGGCAUAUAUUUACUGCCUGCCGGAGAAUCAAUGUAUCUCGAUGGUGCGACGAAGUCGAGAAUGCUCAUUCCAACCCCGCCAUCCAAAGCACGUCUCACCCAGACAAUUUCCGCAAGACCAAAACUACUUGAUGGGAAGUCUGUGUUGAUUGUCAUGGGUCGUGGCAAGACCGAGGAAAAGCGAGAGGCCUACGUUUUCCUCACCUUCGCCCUGGGUGCUUCUCGGGUGGAACGUGUUCCUGAUGUCGAGGCCGCGCGCUCGGUCCUGGAAUCUGAAUUCGAUUCUGGUCUUCCUUGCAGCUGGGACUUCGUGUUUGCUGAUGACGCGGACCGUGAUGCUGCCAGAACCAUGCUAAGGGUGCAAGGCAAGAAGCGAAAGAAGUCUGCCGCCUUCGCCAUGGUUCCCUCUGAUAUGGAUAGCUCUGAUACAAGUUACACACCAAGAGUCGUUGGCGCGGAGUUUGUCUGCCAAAGUCUGAUUCUGGGACAAUUGUACGACGAGUGA